ACAAACUGAACACAUCAUAGAAACAUUACUUCCCGAAAACUCAGUCUCACUCAAUUUCUCUAACACCGAAAUGGAACACCCAGAGUAUACUUUGUCCCGUGACGACCUCGAAGAUAUUAACGAAGCAUUUGCUCUUUGUGAUCCCGAAAGAACUGGAAGGAUUAGUCCAGAAGAUUUGGGAACUGUGAUGAGCGCUCUGGGCCAGAACCACACGGAGUCUGAAAUCUAUAGAUAUUCCGAGGGACUCGAUGAAAUGGGAAAUGGUUUUAUCACACUUAAAGAUUUUGUCGACUUGAUGACCAAAAUGUAUAAACUUAUGGAUCAGACAGACUAUCUAAAGGCGGCCUUCAACACCUUUGAUAUAGAUAAAGAUGGUUUGAUAUCAUAUUCCGAGUUGCGUGCUACUUUCUACAGUCUUGGCGAUAGAAUGACUGACGAAGAAUAUGAUAAACUUUUUCGCCAGUUUGAUACCGAUAACGAUGGAUUUAUUGAUUGGCAUGAUUUUUAUAAUGCUUAUAAAUCUUAAAUGAAGGCUUACUAUUCUCAAAUUUUUAGAGAGCAUUGGAAAUAAAAAUUGUUAUGAAUUUAA